UGUCGCGGCACGCCGGGUCGUGGGUGCGCGCUCGGCCGUCGCGCCCCUCUCGUGGCCGCUUCGCCAUGGCGGGAAUCCUGUUCGAGGAUAUCUUCGAUGUGAAGGACAUCGAUCCGGAGGGCAAGAAGUUUGACCGAGUGUCUCGCCUGCAUUGUGAAAGUGAAUCUUUCAAGAUGGAUCUCAUCUUAGACGUGAACAUCCAGAUCUACCCUGUAGACUUGGGUGACAAGUUCCGGUUGGUCAUAGCCAGUACUUUGUAUGAAGAUGGUACCCUGGACGACGGUGAAUACAACCCCACGGAUGACCGGCCUUCCAGGGCUGACCAGUUUGAAUAUGUAAUGUACGGGAAAGUGUACAGGAUCGAGGGGGACGAAACCUCGACGGAAGCAGCAACACGCCUCUCUGCCUACGUGUCCUAUGGCGGCCUGCUCAUGAGGCUGCAGGGCGACGCCAACAACCUGCACGGGUUCGAGGUGGAUUCCAGAGUGUAUCUGCUGAUGAAGAAGCUGGCCUUCUGAGCUGCCUGCAACCUAGGGCCUUCCCUCACACCUGAGUUGCCGUCGCUGUUACUCAUGCGCCGAGAGGGGCUGACCAUGCCCAGCGGGGGCACCCAGGGAGCCUGGACACAGUGGGGGACGGCCCGUGCCGCGAGAGACCCGCUGAGGAAGUGCGAAAUGAUCCUGAAGUUGUUGGUUGCAUAAAACUUGUAGUUUAUUUU